AUGGAAAGAGCACUUGAGAUGAUGCUACUCGUGGCCAUUGUGCUGGCCGCCACUACGUUGGUGGCGCUCGGCAUGGACAUCAAGGACAAGGACCUGGCGUCAGAGGAUUCCUUGCGGGCGCUGUAUGAGCGCUGGUGCGAGCACUACAGGGUGGCACGCGACCUCGACGACAAGACCCGGCGCUUCAACGUGUUCAAGGAGAAUGCACACAUGAUCCACAAGUUCAACCAAGGUGACGCGCCCUACAAGCUCAGCCUCAACCUCUUCGGCGACAUGACCGAUGAAGAGGUCCAUCGCGCAUAUGGUCACUGCUCCAACAUCAAGUCUGAUGGCCGUAAGCAUCGGCAACAGGGCCGGUUCACGGACGACGCCAUCAACGCCCGCAAGGGCCUCCCGUCAUCCGUGGAUUGGCGCAGACGCCCAUCGGCGGUGACGAAAGUGAAGCUACAAGGAGUGCAUUGCGGUUCCUGCUGGGCCUUCGCGGCAACGGCGGCGGUGGAGGGCAUCAACUCCAUCAGGACACGGAACCUGACGUCCUUGUCCACACAACAACUCGUGGACUGCGACAAGGGAAACGGGGGGUGUAAAGGAGGAUUCGCGAAGUUAGCCUUCAAGUACAUAUAA